AUGACAACGGACACUGCAACUGUUCCUAAUGAACUUGAAGAGGAAAAUGAGGCCGCCGAAUCAACAGAUUCUUCGAUUCCACCAGAUACGCUUAAUUCAUGUGAGGCACUCGAUCCAACACCAACGCAAAAUAGGACUAUCCGGCGUCGUCUCAACCCACCAGAAUUACAAAUUGCCAGCAAACAAAUGUCUGAGGCAUUUAACAAUUUAAAUAAAAUGAUUAACAAGCAAGAUGUUGUUGAAGAUGAGUGUGAUAUAUUUGGCAAACUGAUUGCCAAAAAAUUAAAGAAGAUGCCUGAACAUGAAAGGGAAGAAUAA